AUGGCAGAUUACUCCAUCCGGAUCUACCAGGACUCAGAUUACCAGAUCGUGAGAGAGAUAUUUGCAUGUGGCCUCCUAGAACACAUCAAAGCUUCCUUCCGCCAUACACUUAGCCUUCCACACAUUCGGUUCCUCCUUGCUGUGGGGUCAUUGGUUCCUUUACUAACCACUGGAUCUUUUGCCAUAUCUCUUAUGGUGGUAACCAUCGCGUUACUCAUCCUCUGGUUCAUCAACAGACAAAUCUACACUUCCUACAUCCAGCAGAGCCUGGGGCAAGACAUGUUGGACAUUGGGAAAUAUUAUUGUCAGCGGGACAACUGCUGUUUUUGGGUGGCAAAGUCAGCUGGGGAGGUGGUGGGAAUGGUGGCGGCUGCUCCCUUUUGUCACCCUGGUGAUAAAAAACUUAUGGAGCUCAAGAGGUUAUCAGUACCCAAAAGACAUAGAGGCAAAGGAAUUGCUAAAGCCUUGUGCAGGACAGUCAUCGACUUUGCCCGGAAGAAAGGGUUCCAGGCUCUGACUUUAGAUACCUCAGUUUGUCAGAUCAGUUCUUGGAAGCUGUAUGAGAAGAUUGGUUUCAGGAGAACUCGCACAUUUUACUCAAACGACUACUUUGCUGAAUUCAUUGACUUACGUGACGUUAACUACUGGACCCACAUAGCAGAGGAUGCACAUUUCAUAAAGGCUUCCAAAUUAGAUGAAAAGACAUGCAGAAAUGAUUAUGUCCAAUGUUCUGUAAAUAUUGUACCUAUCAAAACUGCAGAGAAGUCAAGUGGAACUAAAGUAAAGUAG